AUGAGCACUUCUGGACACCGACCGGGUGGUUUCAAGAAGCCGGCAAAACCUCAUAAGUCUUGGAAAGGAAAAAAAACCAAGGGAGAGAUUAACGAAGAAACGAGAGGGCGUGCUGGAGUUCGACAGCUUGUUAGAUCAGCUCAGAAUGCUCAUCGCGCAAUAUCGAAAGAUGUACGUCGCAAUAAGCUGAAUCAGCUAAGAAAUUCAAAAAUGGCGGCGGCAAUUGAGCGAAGAAGGAUGUCGAAUUCUCCAAUCCUUGUGACAUUGAUAUCGUUGGGUAAUGGUGCUCGGCCUGUUGAAUUCGUGAACAAAUUAGAGAAAUGCGAUGAAACUAUCGUGAGGACAAGUUCUACAUCGACUAUUAACUUUGCGGUUCCUCGGUUCAAAUCUCGUAUCGCUUUUUCGAUUCCAAAAAAGUAUGAGAUCAAUGCGGUGCUAGACUCUGUUAAAGUUAGUGAUGUUCUUUGUAUUCUUUGGCCGAUCAAUGCACAAAUAACCGAGUGGGACGAGCAACUCUUGACAAUGAUAAAGGCGAAUGGAAUGCCGACGAUAAUUAAUGUCGUUCCUGGAUUGGGUGGCAUUACACAACAGAAGAAGAAGGAGGAUAUCCGAAAAAACAUUGAAUCAAUUAUUAUUCAAUGGAGUAUCAGCAAUUCAAACGUUUUUCCUACUGACACACCCACUGAUGGCGUCCAACUUAUUCGGGCUCUAAUUGAGACAAGAAAAAAACCACUGGUUCUUCAAGCAAGACACUCGUACAUGCUCGUUGAAAACGUUGAAGCUCAUAGUUUACAGGAUGGUAAGUGCACACUAGUUGCUUCUGGAUAUCUUCGCGGUCCCGAAUGGAAUGCUAACAACUUAGUUUACCUACCUGGAUUAGGAGAUUAUCAAAUUGAUCGAAUCGAAACAGCUAGAGAUCCGCAUCCAUUAAGAAACUCAGAAAAAAUUCAUGAAGUUAAAGUAAUUGCAAAAGCGAAUGAAAAUAGGCAAUCUGCAGAGACCGAAAUCGCCCCCAAUGAUAUGGACGGAGAACAAACAUGGCCGACCCAAGAAGAAAUCGAUGAAGCAGACAGAGAAAUGCGAAAAGUUCCUAAAGGUACAUCUUCGUAUCAAGCGGCUUGGAUUCUCGACGAAAAUGAUGACGACGAUGAUGAUGACGACGACGAUGAAGACAACUAUGACGAUGAUAAAGACGACGAAGAUGGUGAUAACAUGGAAGAGGAAAAUGAUUUUGAAACAGAGGGUGAACUGGAAGAUAAUGGCGAGAAGAGGGAGAAUGAGUAUGAUCAAAUGGAUAUGCAAUCGGAAGCUGGCGAAACUACAGCUAGUGAAAUGAUGGAAUUCGAGGAUGAAGAUAUUAAUAUGGAUGAGGUUGAAAAAUAUCGUCGCGAACGUGAAAAUGCUCAAUGGCCUGAUGAAAUCGACACACCGAUGGAUAUCCCAGCUCGUAUUCGAUUCCAGAAGUAUCGUGGACUUAAGAGUUUCCGAACAUCGACAUGGGACCCGAAGGAGAAUUUGCCGACAGAUUAUGCUAGAAUAUUUCAAUUCGCUAAUUAUAAGAAGACCAAGAAAACGGUUUUAUCCAAAAUUGGUAUUUUGGAUGAAGAUUCAGGUGAUGCAGUUAUUUCGAAGCAAUACAACGGAGUAUACGCUAGUGUUCAUGUUAUCAAUGUGCCUAUUGAAGCUAUUGAUUCGUUCAAGAAAAGUACUCACAUGGUUCUUUUUCAACCGCUUCCUCACGAGCAAAAGAUGUCUAUUUUGAAUAUGGUCCUACGCAAACAUCCAUCGUGCACAGUUCCCGUUGAAAACAAUCAGAGUUUAAUCUUCUACGUUGGAUUUCGUCAAUUUGAAGCUAACGCCCUUUUUUCAUCCAAUAUACCUGGUGACAAAUUCAAAAUGGAGAGAUUUGCUCCUCAACAUGGGACUUUCGUUGCCACCGUUUUUGCACCGAUCACGUUUAAUCCAGCGACAGUAAUAUGCUUCCGAAAAGAUGAUAAAGGAAGACAAGAACUUAUGGCUAGUGGUUCCGUUUUGGACAGUAAUCCGGAUCGAAUCGUGCUAAAGCGCGUCGUUCUUUCCGGCCAUCCUUACAAGAUCAACAAACGUGCUGUUGUAGCCAGAUACAUGUUUUUCAAUAGAGAGGACAUUGAAUGGUUUAAACCCGUCGAAUUGUUCACGCCAAGUGGUCGCAGAGGCCACAUUCGUGAGGCUGUAGGAACUCAUGGGCACAUGAAAUGCAAAUUCGAUCAGCAAUUAUCCGCACAGGACUCGAUUAUGAUGGCUCUUUAUAAACGCGUGUUCCCCAAAUGGGAUUACACACCUUACGCGGACAAUCUCAACCCAUCGCGAUUCGUCGACCGCUCUCGUAUUGAAUCGAUAAGCCUUGUUAAAGAGGACGCAAUGGAGGAAUAA